UUAGGACAUAGCCGGGUGGCACUGCGCCCAGAGCUCACAACUUUACGCCCCGUUCCCCCUCUAAUGCUGACACUUCCAGGGAUAAGGACACCAAUAUUUUCUCCACAGUUUCAUACUCACCCUUAUCUAUCCAGUCCCUAUAUUUGUGCCUCAAGUCUGAUCCCCCUCUUUUCUGGGAGGUUUAAGAGGAGAAGUCAUACUGAUGUUGUGGAGCCGCCAUUCAUAGUCAGGCAGCCGCAGAAAGUCGCCCGUCGUGUCUUCACAAACAGCCGCGAGCGUUGGAGGCAGCAGAACGUCAACGGGGCCUUUGCUGAGCUACGGAAGCUGAUUCCCACACACCCUCCUGACAAAAAGCUGAGCAAGAAUGAGAUCCUCCGUUUGGCCAUGCGAUACAUUACAUUCCUGGUUACUCUGCUGAGUGACCAACACAACCAAACCUCCAAAGCCACCACCGCCAAGAUGAGGUUCCCACAGACUGUCUGUGAUCUUGUGCAGAAAAGUAAAGAGAGUCUCAACCCUGAGGAUAACCUCCAAGAAAAGCAGAAAACCAAGGAGUUCCAUGGAAUUGUGUCCCCACUGUCUGGCAGCUGUGGGGACAGUGUAGAGACUGAAGAAGACGAAGGGGACAGAGAAAGCGUUUCGUCUUCACGAAGCACAAAUAUGACAAUAAUUACUCCUGAGGUGGGAGGAAGUCGGUGA